AGUAUUCGCCUUGAACUCCCAUCCCCAUGCUUUUCCUGUUCAUGUUGCCACGUGGCGGGCCAGGUCACUAACACAGUUCCAACCUGUUUGUCUGGUGCGUUUCAGCGUUCCGCAGGACGCUUCCGUCGUUUUUCUCUACAUUUUCUCAGUCGUUGUGCAUCAAUUGAAUCCUUACUCUUUUCGUGCUCCGAAUUGUUCCGUUGGACGUCGCGACCCGUUCUCUGUCCAGGCCAUUAGCUUGCGAAAUCCGCAAUGGCUCUAUCUCCCGGUGCUGUCCUUCGGAUCACCCGUCUCGCCUCGCUGCCGCCUCUCUCGACGGUGACCGAUGUUGUUCUUGCCUACAUUGAACAGAAUCUGAAAUCCGCGGGAGACUUCACUUUCUCAGUGCAGCCGGACACGUCGUCCACUCCGGCCGCCCCCUUCCGCAUUGCCGUCGAAACGAAAAAGGGGGAACAGCCCAGCCCGAUCGCUGCUGGCGAGGCGUUGUCGGAUUAUGCGGCAGCGCGGUGCAUCGCCCGCCUAGCCGCUUCUACUGGUGAUCCUUUCGCUUCUCUCUUGAAAGCGAGCGGUGCCCCUGGGGGAGUCGAGGCAGCGGUCGACGUCUGCGAGCAAUGGGCAGCCUUCUACGGCGUUUCGGGCAAAGCACCUGAGGCCUCGGACAACCCUGGACUAUCAGCCUGCAUUGACUUCUUCGCGCGCCGAUUUUCGACUUCGUCGUCGUUCCUGUUCGGCACCCCGCAGCCGUCGCUGGCGGACAUGACCUUAUUCGCUUUGCUCAAGGCUCACCCAGCAGCUCAGACAGCAUUGUCUUCCGCGCUCCGAACGUCUGAGACUGCGGCAAAGCAUUUCUCGUCCUGGUCUGCUUGCGUUGCCAAGGCCAUCCCGGGAGCUGGUGCCCUUUCUGGUGCGGGCGCCAAAGGCACCGACCGCGCGAAAGGCAAAAGCGGCGAGAUGGUGGGCCAGGGCGCCGGAGUUGCUUCCGAGGCCGUUGACGGCCCUGACGCGACGACUUCUGUGAACUUUUUGAAGCAGAUUGUCGAGGAAGACCUCCGGACAGGAAAGCACAAAACUGUGAUCACGCGUUUCCCGCCCGAACCGAACGGGUUUUUGCACUUGGGUCACGCCAAAAGUGUCUGUCUGAACUUUGGCCUUGCCAAGGCCUUCGGAGGCAGGUGCCACCUGCGAUUCGACGACACCAACCCCAUGAAGGAGGAGACGCGAUACAUCGAAUCGAUUCAAAGAGAUGUCAGAUGGCUCGGUGGCGACUGGGGAAACCAUUUAUAUUACGCCAGUGACUAUUUUCAGCAACUAUAUGACUGGGCUGAGUUACUGAUCAAGAAAGGCCUCGCGUUCGUUGACGAUGAUUCAUUGGAGGAAAUUAGGCGAAAACGUGGAAGCAUCUCGCAGCCUGGAGAGAACAGUCCGUUCCGAGAGCGAUCCAUUGAAGAGAAUCUUGAUCUCUUUAGAAGGAUGCGUGCGGGCGAAUUCGAAGAGGGCAGCCGCGUGCUACGAGCCAAGAUUGACAUGACGCACAGCAACAUGAACAUGCGUGACCCUGUACUGUAUCGCAUUCUCAAGAAAGAGCAUCCCCGUACAGGCAACCAGUGGGUGAUUUAUCCCAUGUACGACUAUGCACACGGCCAGAGUGACUCCAUCGAGAAUAUCACUCACUCCAUCUGCACUUUGGAGUUCGAUCUGCACCGCAUCCUAUACGACUGGUUCCAGGAAAAACUGGAAAUCACGCGGACCAGGCAAAUCGAGUUUGCUCGCCUCAAUGUCACGUACACUGUGAUGAGCAAGCGCAAGCUUCUGGCCUUAGUUACCGAGAAGUGGGUUGACGGAUGGGAUGAUCCCCGCCUCCCGACGCUGUCCGGUCUGAGACGUCGAGGGGUCCCUCCCAGUGCGUUGCGAGAUUUCUGCGACAAGGUCGGAGUUGCCAGACGUGAGAGCACCAUUAAGGUCGAGGUUCUGGAAAAGUGCAUCAGGGACGCGCUGCACGUGGUCGCUCAUCGUCGCUUCGCUAUCCAGGACCCAAUCGCCGUCACAAUCACCAACUACGGCGAUAAGGUCGAGACGAUAACAGCGGCCAAUCACCCGGAAGAUGAGUCCUUUGGGACGAGAGAACUCCACUUCAGCAAGAAGCUGUACAUUGACCGCGAUGACUUCAUGGAGAACCCGCCGGCAGGGUAUCGUCGUUUGGCACCAGGUGCCGAAGUUCGCCUCAAGCAUGCGUACUGGAUUAAAUGUGUGGACGUCGUCAAGGAUGCAAGCGGUCUCGUGACGGAGCUCCUGUGUACCUAUGACCCGCAAACAAAGAACUGCUCUGUGGCCCCUGACGGUCGCAAAGUCAAGGGCGCAAUCCACUGGCUUUCUGAGAAAGACGCCGUGCCCGCGGAGAUUAGGAUCUUCGGUCGCCUGUUCACCAAGCCGAACCCCGAGGAGGAAGACGAGAGCAACCCUAACGCAAGUUGGCGGGAAAACAUCAACAAAGAGUCGCUGAAGGUGUACAAGGGCUUCGUCGAGCGAUCGGCAGCCGACUCCGCCGCGUUCCCGCCACAGUCUUCACUCCAGUUCGAGCGCCUUGGCUUCUUUACGCCUGACGGUUCGACUUUGCCGGAGGAGGCAGACAACACCAAAACGAGAACUCUGCCCGUCUUUAAUUUGACCGUUGCUCUCCAGGAAGGGUUCACCGCAGCAGACGACGCGGAAAAGGAUAAAACGAAGCAGCAGGAGCGACUGGCAAGAGAGAAAGCUGCUCUUGAGCGACAGAAGAAGAAGGAAGAAAAGGAGGCACGCAAGAAGAUGAAGGAGCAGCAGCAAACCGUUCAGGCGUGACUUCGGACUGCUGUGGGAAACUUUUUCUCUUGAUACACCGUGUUCAAAUGUGACCUUGCCGCAGAUUAGAGGUCACACUCAGGGCUAUAGAGAAGUUGACAGCGGCCACGGGAUGUUGUAGUGAACUUCUUACCUUCACCAGAAUGUCGUCAUGAGUUGUUGCCCCUAGCUUACGUUUGUUUGGAGAUAGCCGUAUUUCAAAAUGGCAUCCACCAAAUAGGGGUGUCUCGGUGUUGACACUAGCAACUGGUACUUCUGUUGAGUAAACACGCCGUAGACAGCGUAAAUGCAUCGAUUGUCAUUGCAUCGUUGUCGAACGAGUUUGGAUAGCAUUAAAGAAGGCGCUUUGCUUUUUCCC